AUGACUUCUAUGAGUGGCAGUGUCUUAGUUGAAUCGGAUCCAUAUGAUGAUGGCAAGAAGGAAACCUCUUCAGAGAUGGUCGAGACAGCCUCCCAUACCCACGGACCUGCUGAAGUGGUGGAGGGCGCAUGGGUUUCCGCGAAGAAACAUCCCAAAGUGAUACUCUACAGUGUCGCUGCUUGUGUGAGCUCAAUGCUUUGGGGAUUUGACCUUGGGAGUAUCAUCUGUGGGUUGGUAUCAGGUCGUGGCGGUCGGAGACUGGGGUUUGCAAUAGGUUCUGCAAUCUCUCUGCUCGGAGUUGGCCUUGAAUAUGCUGCCAGCAAGCCUGACAUGCUUCUGGCUGGUAAAAUUAUCAACGGCCUGUCUCUUGGCUUCUUCCUUGCCCUGGGCUCCACAUAUGCGUCUGAGAUCGCACCUACUGCCCUGUGCCCUUCCUUAACAGCCGCUGUCGACCUUUUUAUCAUCGCCGGUCAACUUAUGGCCAUCGGCAUUGGGAACACUGGCUUCGCUAUACUGACCCCAGCAUCAUAUAAGUCUUCGAUUGCUGCCGAGAAUGCUAUCGCAGAUAUUCAAAAGGACGCAUCGUACUGGGAUUGUUUCAGGGGCACCAAUUGGCUUAGGACUCGCAUCUCCUGUGGAAUGUUCGCCGUGCAAAAAUUCACCGGUAUCGCAUUUUACUCGCAGGCUUUGUAUCUCCUGGGGAUAUCUGGACGCCGACCCCUUCUUUUGACUGGUUUCGUUCUCGACGCCCUUUGUCUGAUGUCUGUUGGGACUGCCGAUUGUUUCACCACUUUCGCCGCUAUGUACUACAUCGGAUAUGUCAUGAACUUCGCCCGAUUGUUCUAUGCUCCCACAGUCGGGGCCGUCAGUUGGACGAUCAGCGCUGAAGUCAGUUCGGUCAAGUUCCGAGCGAAAACGGAAAGCUUGGCGAUCGUCACCAACGCAUUCGUCAGCUGGGUGAUGAACUUCAUUACCCUCUAUCUCAUUAACACUGAUCAGGCUAACCUAGGAGAGCUUAAGGGCCGCACUUUCGGCGAGCUCGACGAUAUCUUUACCCAAAAGAUCCUGACUAGACAUUUCAAAAAGGCGAAGGCUGAUUACAACGAAAGACAUAAAGAUGCUUAA